AUGCACCCAUAUGGCUCCCCGCCAGACAAAGUGGCAAUCGUCCGUGAACAAUUCUCCCAGGAGGGUUCCGUCGUUUCCAGAACAGGUGGUAGACGAAGGAGCUCCUCACCGCCACUACCAUCAUACGCCACAACAUAUGGAUUGGAAUUAACUCCCACGUCGCGUCUGAGAAUUCCGUUUGCGCUGACUACACGAAUUGUCACUCCAUUUGUGGAUGCGGAACAACACGCCGCCGACUCCGAGGUAUCGUCGCUCGUCACCGCCUUCUCUCCGUCGCGCUUGGGUGAAAAAAGCCGUCCCGUGUCGGACAUGGAGCCACGGCACGCAACGGCAGCAGCUGUAUUUCCAGCCACCGCUGCUGCAGCGGUGAAGACGACAGUGCCAAGGUGA